CGUUUGUUUACGUCUGAUCAUGAGUUCGAGAAGAAAGUGUCCGGAGCACAGGGAGGGACUGCUGGAUUUCAUUUCCUUUGCCUAGGAAAGAGGAAAUUUGAGGCGAACCUGGGGUUUCACGCAGUCGAAAGGAGCUGUUAGCGUGCCAUUUUUGGCACACCUUCCAAGGCUUACACAUCUCUAACCUAAGGAAUAGAAGCUACUGCAAUCACUUGAAAUUACCACUAUCAGCUCAUUGUCAGGGAGGACCAGAGAUAUCCCAUCGUAAUGAUGGAUCCUGGGGCUUAGGCAUUUUGCCUGAAGUUGCAUCCCUAAGCCGUGAUGACCUGGAGGACCUGCUAGCCUGUGAUGACAAGCUGACUGAGUUUGUGGAAGGCCUUCCCCAGGUUGCAGCACUCAAGAACCAGUGUGAACAGCUUUCUGCUCAGAAUGAGGCAUUAGCAAAGGCAAAUCUCGAGCGCAGCAGCGACUAUGAGCGGGCUAGAGAUGCCACUAUCCAGAAGGUGGAGGAGCUGACUUCCCUUCGGUCAAGCUUUGAGGAUAUGACCAUUAAGCAACAGAAAGCAUCAGAAAAACUAGCUCCAAGCAGCAUUCAGGAGAGUCUGCUAAUUUUUGCUGCCCAGUCAGAAGAGGAUAGUGAAAAGAUUGCCGAGGACUUCCUUCACAGUCACAUUGAUGUCGAUGUAUUCUUAGACAGUUAUUUGGAAAAAAGAAUAGAAACUCAUCUAAGAAAGUUUAAAGGAGAACGACUUGGUGCCCAGCUAAGAGAACUUCACAAAGCUGGGUUUUAGUAGAACAUAUUUAGAAGAUAAAUAACUGCUGAUUUAACUGAGCAUAUCAGACAACACUAAUAUACCCAAAAAAGAUAGCAGCUUGUUAGCAUUUUAAUAAGCAUUUUUCUCCCAGCUUCGUUUUUAUCUAAAUAAUUGACUGGAAAUUCACUUAGUUCACUUGAUUAUAGAUCAAGGCUGGCUAUAAUAUUUUUUGCCCAUUUGAUGAUUAAAAUAUGAAAAUAGAUACCUCUACCAUCAGUGAAUAUUCAGAAUGGGUUAUUGUACCAUUUUCGGCAUUCUUCUAGGGCAUUUAAAAGGCUUUUAUUAUUGCAAAAUCAUCAGUAUUCGUAAUCGUAUAGUCAUUCCAAUUAGUCUUAAUGUAUAUACUUUCAUUCUUUAACUGUUACCCUUUGUUUAUUAAAAAUGUGUACUUAUGUUAGACUUUAAGAAAGUAUGAAAUAUAUCUGUUAUAAAAUUG